UCCAAGUUUGACAACUGGGCUUGGGCUUGUUCUAGGUUUGGUCUUGAAUUAAGAGAAUCCAAGUGAGCAAAUUAUUUAAUUAUUUCAACUGUCAAAAACAGUAACAGAAAUCAAAGAGUGCAAGCAAAAGGAGAAGAAAUGGUGAAAGCAGUAGUGGGAGAAGAAAUACAGCUCAAAUUAGCUGAAAAUCGGCUUGGCAAAUCUGGACUUCCUUCUCAGGUAGGGCUUGUAAUUGGGAAUUUGAGUUCGAAAUUAGAUCGAGGAUUCCUAUUUGAUUUAAUCCCAACGCCGCCAAACGACGACGGUAAACCGGCCUGUUCCAUAAUCAGCGGCAGCGUAAAAGAUGAUCGGAAAAAGACAUUGAAAGGGAAGUUGCAGCCUGAUUCUUCGGCAUUGUUCAUUGACAAAGAUUGGGUUGCUGAACACGCUCGUCAGGUUGGGAGAAUGCUAUUGGGUGGCAUGAAGGUGGUUGGCAUUUAUGUCUGGACCAAUGAGAGCUCAUUCAAAAAUUCAACCAUCACACUUUGUCAGACUGCAAAAGCAGUUUCUGAAGCGGCCCCUCUGUUGGAAGUGGAUUGGGACGAGAGAUUGCUUGUUCACAUUGGUUACAGUCCCUUGAGGUGGACUUGUCGAAAUUGCUCGCUGGCUUCAAAUAUUACGUCAAGCAGUCUACGACCUUGUGACUUUAAAAUGGGAAAAGUUCUUAGUACCCUUCAGGCAUUCAGAUGCACAUUUAACUUUGAUUUAAGGUUGCCCAUUUCCGAGGGUUUAAUUAGCAAAAGAUUGGCUGACAUUCUUCAUCAUGGAAUUUCAAUUCAUGCCAAUGAGCUUAAAAGUGCCAAGGCAUUGAUUGAUGGGAAAUUGGCAAUUGAAGAUGAGCAAUUUGAUUCAGGCGGCUUACAUGAUGUUGAAUUCCUCCUACCUUUCACGGAAGAUAAGUAUUUGGAAGCAUGCAGACAAAAGGAGGUAAUAGGUCUUCUAGUCUUUAGUGGCUCUAUCUGCUCCUAUGCUUACUCAAAUUCGAAGGAACCAGUUUCUCAAGCUUUGACUGACAUAAAGGAAGACAUAAUUAAGAGUCUAAGAAGCAGAUUAGAUAUCAUGUGUGAUGAGGCAGACAGAGAAUCAGAUUCUAAAGAUGACAAAACUGAAGAGAGCAGCAACCACAUAUUGAAUGGGAGUGCAGUUCUGCAACUUGAUUUACAGUUACUGAG